ACUAACUAGGGUCACCAAAAGGAUUUCUUACCUCCCUUUCUAUCCUAUAGGGUGUUAACCCAAGAUAGAGUUCUCCUUGUCCUGAUCCAUGCAAAGAAGAGUUUUGAGUCUCUGUCUCCUUCCAAAUUCCUGUCAUUCUUUGCUUGCUAUAUUUGAUUCUUAUAGAGGCCACAUUUUUUGUAUUAAAGUCUCUGAUUUUGUUAGGUUCUAACUUCUAUGGUAAUCAAUUCUUCAUUUCUAGGAUGUAUCUGAAGCUUACUAUGAGUCUCUUCCUAUUUCAACUUUAUGUCUUCCAAUUGGGCAUGGAUUCAUCUGUAUUUAUUAUAAUUAAGUUGCUUCAGAAGCCUUUUCAAUAUAUUCAUUUUCCUCACAAGUUGAAACAUCAAGCAUCCUUUAACCUGAUGGUCCCACACUUGUAUGAUGAUGUUAUGUAUCUCUAUGUCACUGCUCCACCUACCAUAGUACUUACAUGAACUUCUGCUUGUAUGUUCACUAGUAGAUUGGAUAACUAUGGGAGAGUGGUCAGAUAUUCUUUCUUUCUGGAAACAUGAUGCCCUUCUUAUUCAUGUGGAGAAUCCAAUUUUUAUUAUUGAGUGCUCUGCUUAACUUCUAACACUAAAAAUACCUCCCGUUAGGACUGUCUCUUUUAUCAGUUGAGUUGAAUUUACUGUUAUGUUUUUUACUAUUGACAGUGACUUCACUUGUGUUUUUCUGUGGAUGGCAGUGAAGUAUGCCAGUUGUGACUGACUUUUCCAAAUUACUUGGAGUACAAAUCCUCCAAGAUGCUCUCAAACAAGGCAAAGAUGAAUGCACUCUUUUCGCAACGGCGAAUCAUAUCUAGAAUAUGAUUCGCCUUCUACAUGCCGGGCCGCACCGCCACCCUCCGAUUCAACUUGAUAGGGGUUGUUUGGUGGACAUUGACUUGUGGAGGGAGGAGUUGCGGAGGAACGUUGCAAAUCCUAGAAAUGUGUACCAAGUGUUGGAGUCCGUAACCGAUCCUAACCCUCACCCUCACCCUCACGCACCCCGGGGAUUCCCUUUGUGGAAUGGGAUCCACGAGUCUCUCAUUUGGAUUGACUUCAUCGAUAAACAACGCGAUGAAGAUUCGAUGGGUGUGGAUGCUGUCCGGGAGCUUCUAGGCCGUUUCGGGAGCGUUGUUGGGGUAAUUGAAAUAACGGACAACUACAAAAAGAAAAAAAUCGGGUUCUAUGUACACAAGGAGGGAAGUACACAUCUAGGAAUGCAUACCGUGGUAUUGUACGGGGAGUACUUAGCCACCGAAGAAGACGAAGUGCCGCCGGGAGUAUAUUGGAUGUUCCAGGAUUCUCAUGGACCUUCAACAGGCAACCCGAGGGCGGAGUUCAAGGUCAGUUGGCAGCUUCUGAAAGAAGCUUACGUGGGGCUUCCUCGGUGGCCUAACGUACUUGCGCCGCCCCCGCGCCCCGUACUUCAAGGAGAGGGAGAGGGAGAGGGAGAGCUCCAAUCUUGAACCAGUCUUUUGGACCUAAGCUUUGACUUCAUGUUGUAGUUUAGAUGUAGUUCAGAUACUUCUUAAAUUGAAUUACAGUGGACUUGAGAUCAUUUUGUAGUUUUGAGAUGAUUAAAACGACACUGUUCAUACCUUCAGUUUUUGGUUUAGGAUCUUAUUUUGGACUUUAAAAAUUAAUUGUUGCAUUUUUGAAAUAUAUUCUACUAAUAAUAUUUCAGUUUUCUA